AUGGUCAUGAUGUCAAAUUUCUCUAUGCCUCCAUGCCUCCAUCCAUCCCCACCCUCCUUUCAGGCCGAGGAGAACCUUGGGAUGGCCAUGAUGUACACUCUUGCCACGUCAGCCAAGGAGUGGCUGAGAGAGAAGUACGGGGGAGUGGAGGAGGAGGAAGAGGAGGAGGUGAAGGAGGAGGUGAUUGAGCCGCAUGGGCUGCCGGUGACAGUGGAGACAUUCACGGAGUGGCGCGAUCGGUUUGAGGCAGAGAUUGCCCUGGAGAAGGCCAAGUUGCUGUCAGAUGCUGCACUCGCGGCGUCCAAGGAGAAGCGGCUUACAGGCCGACAGUGGUUCGUGCAGAAAGCAAGCAAGGGAAUUGUGGUGGAUGAGGAGGAGGAGGCGGAGGAGGAAGAGGAAGAGGAGAUCGACUUUGAUGAUGAUGAUUUCGACGAAGGUGAGAGGGAUGGGGGCGGGGAGGUGGGAGAGGGUGGGGGGGUUAGAGGGUUCAGGGUUGCAGUGCAAUGA